AUGCCAGGAAAUGAAAAUAAUGGAAAUGGGGUUCUACAUACCCCAGAUCUGGAGGAAGGUUCAGGAUCCGACUUCCUUAUUUAUACCCCUUCAUCUAGUAGCAACGGAAUCACCGUUGCAGAGAACGAGAUAGCAGAUGGAAUGUCCGAUGUCCAUGUCUCGGAGACGCCAGGAGCUCUUCGGAAAGACGAGUAUGAUGUUGACUUCGAGGACACGAGAGCAUUUGCCGUUUUUCGAUGGGGAGAUAUUUUGAGGGCAACGGCCGAGAGACUUUCAGCAUCAGACCAUAAGAUAAUUGCCAAAUAUGAUGACUGGGACGACAUCAAGGAAGAGAUUCACGGAAAACUCAUGGAUACGUCAUCUACAACGGCUAUGAAGAGGCUCCUGGGUCGAAUACAACCUCUUCCUCGAACUCUCAGUACCCUUACUCGACACUUUGCCAACCUGGUAGCACCUCAAGUGGCAAGAUUCGAUUUGCUCUGGGGCAUGAUCUACUUGAAUUUGAAACUCUCCUACACAUCUCCGGACAGGCUCAAACGAACGGCGGACUUGUUAAAUAAGAUUCGCACAGUUGUGGUGCUCUUCAACCAAUGUCUUUCCUCGUGUGACCAGGUGAACGAGGUGUUGCUGAACAUUGUGGAUUUUCUUGAUCCCCUCACCAUCAUCCUAUCGGAUUCCAUAACCUAUCUUCAUAAAUACGCUUCCGAUACCGCUGCUGAGCAGGCAUGGCCCGACCUCCGCGAGAAUAUCAACUGGAAUCUCUCGGAGCUCGAGGGAAUCGUGAAGCAUGUGAACGAAGUUGCUAGCUAUUCAAAAGCCAAUCAGGAUCGUCAAAUCAGAAAUAUGUCCUUGAGGCAUGCCCUAAUGCCUGAAAGUGAUGAACCAGGAACUUUCCCAAAUAUCAUCUUGCCAUUCAGUAAGAAUCCGCGUUUCUACGGUCGCGCAGUUGAACUGGAAAAAAUUGAAAAGUAUCUAAGCCCCAAGGACGACCAGUCGCUCAGAACUUACACCAUAUAUGGCCGCCGUGGGGUCGGCAAGACGGAAAUUGCGUUGCAGUUUGCCUAUAUGAACCAAGCUGGUUUCGAUGCCAUCUUUUGGAUCCAAUGCGAGACAUCUGUCUCCAUUCGUCAAAGCUUCACCAAUGUGGCCGUGGCUCUAAACCUGCCAGGAGCUGAUCGAGAUGGCCAUCACGAAGAAAAUCAACUGGCUGUCCAGAAUUGGCUGAAAAAGACAUCAAGGAAAUGGUUGUUGAUAUUCGACAAUGCGGAACAUGACCAGAUCCUCAAGGGGUACUGGCCCAUGGGAGCAUCUGGGGCCAUCCUCACCACCUCGCGGCGAUACCACAAUUUCUCCAAAGACUUGCAACGAAAGGGUGAAACCAUCAAGCCGUUUGAUCCCGCGCAGAGCUGGGACCUGCUUCUCCAACUCCUUGGUGACGAUUGGAAGAAAAUGGAGCGAGAAGGCCAUAUCCCACCGAGCGAGGUGUCGGCUGCCAAAAGCUUGCUUGAAAAGCUCGGGGGGCUGGCGCUUGCAAUUCGACAAGCAGCUAUCUUGAUAAAAAAUCCAGAAAUUGGUGGUCCCACAAUCGCGAAGACUUACGAGGUAUUCAAAGAGAAGAGUCGAACACUUCCGGAGCGCCACCUGAGUGAUCGCUCUAGCACGGAGAAACCACUUGAUGCCCUUUGGGACAUGACUUUUAACUCCUUAGCCAAAAAUUCCAGAGGUCUUCUUGGUGUUCUUGCAUGGCUUUCACCCGAUGGCAUUCCGAUUCAAUUGUUUCUUCCACGAACCCAGCGUGCACUAGAUGGUCGCCUUGCCUUCUGCAAGCAAGAUUCUGUCUAUCUCGACAGUAAAGAUCGAGCUUCACUCUUCAGUAUAGUCACACCUUCGCCAGAAUUUGAAAAGGCGGUUGAUGAACUAUUGGCAAAAAAACUCAUUAGGAGAGACCGCCAUGUUCUGUCAAUCCAUCGUGUUGUCCAGGAAGCCGUCAAUUACCAUGACCUGGACGAUCUCCAAGAAAGUUUCGACAUUGCAUCUCGGCUGGUCUAUGAGCAGUUCCCAAAGCAAAGGACGAGCGAGUCGCUUUACGAAAGCUGGAAUGUGUGUCAAGAAUAUAUUCCUCAUGGCGUGUACUUGAGCAAGAAGUAUUCCGAAUACGCUCCGUCUGGCAAGCUUAAAGCACAUGAUUACUUCUUGCAACUGCUCAGAAAUUGCGCAUGGUAUCUCUACGAGAUCGGAGACUUCGAUGGAAGUGGACCUGUGGUCGAAACCGCCAUUGGAGCAUGUGAAGACAAAACCUCCAGGCUUUAUGCCCGCCUAGUCGAUAUCGCUGGCUCCCGCUUCUUUGACCUGAAUCGGCUUUCUGAUUGUCGAAACGCGUGGGAGACGGCUCUGAGAAUUCGAAAAGAGCUUCUUGCCCAUGAUGACCCCUUAAUCGCCGGUGUAUACAACAAUCUCGGAAACCUCGAAACGGCCUCCGGUAACCUCACCGAAGCCAGCGACUACUUCGAAAGAGCGACACUGAUUUGGAUUGCCGGCGGGGAUGCUACUGCCUCGCACCUGGCACUGACAUAUCUCUGCGUCGGCCGGAUGCACAUGCUGUCGAACAAUUUCCAAGAAGCGGAGAAGAAGAUCACUCUUUCCGAAUCCAUGUUCAUGCGGCUAGGUGCCCCCUCAGUCGCCAUGGCUCACGUCCACCUCGCCUACGGCUACAGCGAAGUCCUACAAGGCCGCUGGUCCAUCGCCCAACGGUCCUUCUCAGAAUGUCUCCGCAUCGCCCUCCAGGAGAUGCCCACCCACCCCAUCACCGCCGCGGCAUAUUACUCGCUCGCCGAUGUGGAAUUAGCCCAGGAUCACGCCGAAGUGGCCAAAGGCUACCUCAACAAAGCGCGCCAAAUCGCCGAACUCCGCUCCCCCACCCACGACGACGGCGUCAUCGCGCGCAUCCUCUGGAAAACCGCCGUCGUGCUCGAGAGCGACGUGUUGGGCAAAUUCAGCUCCGAGGCAGAUGCGUUGAGGCAGCGAGCCGACCUGGCGCGGAAGAAGCUGAUUGCGUCGGGGGAGGGUGGCAGUAUUCCGUUUGUGGAUGAGCAUGAUAGGGAGAGGGAUCAAGAGGAAGAUACGUACGAUGCGUUGGUGCCGUUGUUUUAUCGGUAG